ACUUUCUCACUUAUUAUGUCAUGUCCCCUCAAUUAAUCUUCUUCUUCAUGGAUGUUGGCCAUUAUAAAUACCUACCUCCCCAUGUCUUCUUUCCCAAGCUUACACCCUUCACCCUCUUUCCUUUCCCUUCUACUACACCUAAAUCUCUCUCUUCCUAACUAAAUCGUUUUUUCCUUCCUAAAAUCAAUAGUACAAAAACAAAGAAAGAAGACAAAAUGAGGAGUAUACCCACCAAAUUGCUAAACACACACCCUAACAUCACCCCAACAACUAUUCCUCACUCCUUAUGGCACACUCCAAUGCCAUAUCUCUUUGGAGGACUAGCUGCUAUUAUAGGUCUCAUAGCCUUGGCGUUAUUGGUACUAGCAUGCUCAUAUUGUAGACUCUCAAGGGACAACCAAGAUGAGGAUCAUAGUGCUUUGGACAACAAAGAAAGUGACCCUCAAACUAAGAAACCUGUCAAGGUUUAUGAAGAGAAUAUCCUUGUCAUUAUGGCUGGUAAUGAGAACCCAACAUUCUUGGCUACCCCUGUAGUUUUGUCCAUCAUUAACAAUGAAAUUGACAACCUUGUACUUGUUCCAGCUACUUCCACUUCACAAGAAAAUGAAGUAGGUUCUUGCUCUUCACAACAUAGACAAUGAUUGUGUUUCAUUACCUAGUUUGUUGGUAAAGUCAUGUGGUAGGUGUUACUAGUAUGGUGUUGAGGCCAUAGAAAAUCCAAGUCCAUUGACAGAUAGUUGGAUUAUCUACAGAUGUUAGCAAAAUCUCUUGAAU